GAUUAGUCAUGUGAUCAUGAUCCGUCCUCCCGACAAGUCCCAAACAACCUUAGAGAAAUAAUCCGAAAAAAUCCGGCAGUUUCGAGCCGUUUAAAAGCCUCAAAAUUGCUUCAAAAAAGCAGCGGCUCAUGGAUAGCGACGAGGAAGACUUUUCUUACGAGGAGGAAGACGAUGAGGGGCAAGACAGCGAGGAUUUCAGCGCGGAUGUGGACGAAGGUUUCGACUCCACUUACGAUAUGCCAUCUACAGCUAUGAACGUAGCUGAUGAUUUUACUUACGAAGUCUUAACUCCGGACACGAUCGUCUCGUAUAUGAAUACCAUCAUAGACGAAGUCGAUGCCGUCUUUCAGCUUACCCGUCCUGUUGCAAGAAUUCUCUUAGGCCAUUUUAAAUGGGAUAAAGAAAAACUACUUGAAAGGUUUUAUUGUGGAGAUCAAGAUAAACUUUUCAAAGAAGCUCACUUGGUGAACCCUUUGGUUCAGUCAACCAUGAAGAAAGUACAGAGACUCUCACGGUCAAAUUCUGCUUCAACAAGUGCUGCUGUCUGUGAUAUUUGUCUUCAAUCUGCAACAAGUCUUCAAUCCUUUCAAGGCCUUGAAUGUGGUCAUGAGUUUUGUGCACGCUGUUGGAAGGAGUAUCUCACAUCAAAAAUUAUGGACGAAAAAAAAGAAAACAUUGCAUGCCCAGCUGUAAAAUGCGACAUAUUAGUAAAUGAAACAUUCGUAGGACGAAUUUUAAAUGAUGAAAUAGUCAAAAGAAAAUAUCACCAUCUCAUAGCAAAUAGUUUUGUUGUUAAUAAUCGUUUAAUAAAAUGGUGUCCAGCACCAGAUUGUAUGAAUGCCGUCAAAGCCAGUUAUUCUGAUGCAAAUGCUGUAACUUGUUUAUGUGGCCAUGAAUUUUGUUUUGGAUGCGCAGAACCAGUUCAUGAACCUGUUAAUUGUUCAUUAUUGAAGAGAUGGAUAAAGAAAUGUAAUGAUGACAGUGAGACUGCAAACUGGAUUUCAGCAAAUACAAAGGAAUGCCCAAAGUGUCAGGUGACAAUUGAGAAGAAUGGUGGAUGUAAUCAUAUGGUUUGUCGAAACAGUAACUGCAAGGCUGAUUUCUGUUGGGUGUGUCUAGGGGCUUGGGAACCUCAUGGUUCCAACUGGUAUAGUUGCAACCGUUUCGACGAGAAAGACUCGCAGAAUGCAAGAGAAGCUCAAAAUAAAUCGCGGUCGUCCUUAGAAAGAUAUUUGUUUUACUGCAAUCGAUACAUGAAUCACAUCCAGAGCGCGAAACUUGAGUGUGAGCUCGACGCCAAGGUUACGACGAAGAUGAAUGAGAUGCAAAAACACAAUAUGUCUUGGAUUGAGGUUCAGUUCCUUAAAAAAGCAGUCAACGUUCUCUCAAUGUGUCGAAACACGUUGAAAUAUACCUACGUGUUCGCGUUUUAUCUGCAGAAGAACAACCAGACAGUUAUAUUUGAGGACAAUCAGAAGGACGUUGAAAUGGCAACAGAAACACUCUCGGAGUAUCUGGAACGAGACAUCAGCUCGGAGAAUCUGGGUUGUAUUAAGCAGAAGGUUCAAGACAAGUACAGAUACUGUGAAAUGAGACGAAAGGUGUUACUGGAUCACGUCAACGAAGGAUACGAGAAUGACUUUUGGGAAUUUCAGGAGAUCCCCUAACGUAGGCUUGUAUCAACAAAUAUCCCUAUCGCUGCAUGUAGCGAUAGAUAGAAUUCGCGCGUUUCAUUUGACACGUUUACACCGCCGUGAGACGUUCAAAAAUAGAAAAGAGAAAGGCCCGGCCAACACAGCAGCAAGCAACAUGCUGUUAGAAGCGGGAGAAAUAUGGCGAGGAACAGUCGUGACAGAACGGCAAAGAACUGAUUUAGCCUGCAGUCAACAAACAUUUGUCCACAUUUCGUUAGAAAUCCCUGUUGUACAGUUUUGUUUUGUAUAAAUGUGUAUAUAUAUGGAUGUAGACUGCGAGGAACUCUGAAUUUCCUUGGCUAAAAAUGUUUGCUGUCUUCAAAACCAGUUGUAGUUGA